AUGGUCCUCGAUCCGUCUUGCAACCCUGUUUCAUUCCUCGUUCAACGAACACCCACAGACUCGACGACGACCAACCCAAUUUUGCCUUCCAUCCCUAAUUUAUUCAGUGACGGGCCCAUUAAUGCGGGCCCGUUGUCCCCGAUACCGUUGACACUCCAGAGCUCGAAUACAUUGAGCAGUACUGAUUCCCAACCGACCAACAACGUACUCGGGAGUUCUCAGUUUCUGACAUCGUCACAAGCAUUCACAACAUCUAGUGCGAUGGCUUCUCAGGCAAAUAUCUAUCCUUCGAAUGCUGGAAAUGGUUAUCUGCAACAGACCUCCACUCCCUCUCCGACAAUCGUCAGCAUUGGAUCUCAACCGCUGUCCAGCCCAGUGUCGUCCAGUUUGAGUUCUUCCUCGUCUAUUGCAAAUUCCGGGACAACGGGCACGAGUACUGGGCCAAGUUCAAGUACGCCCUUGUGGUCUUCUUUGAGGCCAAGUUCUGACAGUUCGUCCUCUGGUUCAUCUUCUCUGAUAUCAACAUAUACACUCUCGCCAUUAUCGUCUACACCUACUAUGACAUCUUCAACAUCUACUACACCCGGGUUUACUCCAUCUCCCAUUUCACCCAUUUCUCUUCCCUCUACUUCGUUGUCGUCGUCUUCUUUAGCAACGACAAUAUCUACUUCCGCAGUACUCUCGACUUCCGCUUCCACAAGCUUGUCGUUGGCAAACCCAUCUUCGUCAUCGGGCACAGCCUUUGCAUCCAGCUCUUCUCCGGUGUCCAUCUCGGGAAGCACGAGCACUCCACUUCCCACCACGUUCAUUAUUUCCACUACCGAGGUUGACAAAUAUAGCACCACGUUAGCCAAUACUCCGUGGACAUCGACGCUGAUUUUGACUUCCGUCCUGUCGGGUCAUCCUACCACCACUUGGACGACGGUAACGAGCGGGGUGCUCAGUACCGCAGAAGUAGAUACCACUGGGAACAGGUUCUCCCGUUCCCCUGGUUCUAUUGCUGGUCUUAUCCUAGGCAUUCUCGGAGCUGCUGCCUUCGCUGUUCUCUGGCUUUUCUGUGCUCGUCGCCGACAGCGCAAGCUAUCUCGUGAUGCGAGCGCUAUUCCUCCAUGGGCGCCUGGCGGUCCACUUGAAGCUGAAGUAGACAUGGAGGAGCGUUACGCUGGGAUUAUCGCAGCUCUUAAUGCGGGAAUGGGCGCGGGAAGGAAUGCCCAAAUUGAAGGAGAUACGAGUGGAGAAGUAUCGGGAGAACUGGCAAUUGGGCGCUCCCCGUCCCCCACUCUCCCUCCAUAUUCACUUCCAGCAGAGGAUGAUGACGGUCCGCAUGUCUUCCCAUUAUCUCCGCCGCCGCCUCCAUCCGCAUACUCCACUCCCCCGCCACCGUCCGCGUAUAUUCCGCAUGUUUCUAAUGGUUCACGAAGAAGAAGUUCGCCUGGGCCUGAUGCUUCUGCAUGGUUUGGGGGGUAUAGUGUUGCUCCUGCUCCUUCGGCUGCAUCACAUCACUCUUAUUCUUCCACGCACUUCCUUACCAGAACCGAAACCGGAACUAGGACGAGGACUGGGAGCGAGGAGCCGCUCUUGACGAGAGCCGGAAGCGGAUCUUCUUAUCUCGAUUUUGGCAAUAAAGUUAGGUUAGGGUCAGCCUUCGGCUCACCUGAAGGAAGCAUGAAUAGCCAUUACCUUCCACCUACGUCACCGUCUUCUGUCAUGCUGAGUGCGACUACUUCUUCGUUCGACGCUCUGCGGAGUAUUUCGUCUCAGGGUGCACUGCGGAGUACGUCUUCGCACGGGUUUGGGUUUGGGUUUGGGAGUACCUCGUCUGGUACUGGAUCACAUCAGGGACCUGCGCUGGGACUUGCGAUUAGUGCAGCUCCGAUUAGUUACAAGAGCAAGCACGUUACGAGGUGGAAGAAAGGGAAGCGAGAGAGCACUGGAAGCAGCACUACUGCAUCCGCAUCUCUAUCUGGCUCUGUGGACGAGAGACCUUUUGGCGUACGAGCUCUCCUUGGUCGUCUCAGACGGGGCAAUACGCCGAGCCCUAAGGCAGACUCCUCAAGAGAAUUGCCUAGAGACAUGGAGAGCGAGGGAACUACCGAGAAGAUGGAUGCUUAUGGCCCGAACACUACCUCGCAGGCCUUCUCGGCCUUUGUCUCCCCUGCCACUCCCGAACCUGCAUCGGUAUCAACAUCCCCGCGAUUCGUCCUGUCUAACCCAGAUCCACGGCCUCCCUCACCAUAUGUUCAUGUCGACGUGACAGAACAUGAGGAUGGCUUGCAGCCACCCUCGUGGCCAUGGAUUACAGUGCAAUCAAGUUCUCCUCCUGCGCCCACUCACGAGUCACACCUUGCUACGGCUGAUGGACUUCUUGACCCUCGCCUACGCGACCCUGUCGAAGGAAGGAGCAAUUCAAGUUUACGAGAUUUUGAAGAUUACUCACGACCAAUCGGGGGUCUCAUCAACAACCGAAUGCAUAGUACCACAACAUUUUGCACUAUCGAUACCCAAGAUUUCGACAAUGGAACAGCCGUGCAAAAUCGAGAGGACGAUCAACAAGAGGAUGCUUAUGCGGCAGUGACUCAGGCAUCCCAUGCAAGUUGGAUCAUAGAUGGUGGCGCGGAUGUCCACGCGCGUUAA